GGCCCAAACUUGCUUGGCGGGGCCUUGCAACUCAAAAGGGCGCGACGACCGCGCGCGGGUUCGAGGAUCCCAACCGCCGCAAACGAAUACGUUGGGCGUUAGCUCCAUAUUUUUCCAAAGCAUACCGCCCAGGCCACGCCAGGCCAACCCCAGUUCACCGACAGGCCGCCGAACCCUUGCCAUUGAGCUCCCCGACGCCCCCGUGAGCCUUAACACUACAGAGUAUACGUCGCCGGCGUCCCCCUGUUCGUCGCCCAGCUUGAGAGCGCGCCUGACGAGGUCCUGGCUGAGGACGACAAGGCGUUGCUCAGGCUGGCGCUGGGGCCGAGGGGCUGGACCAGCGCCCAGGUGCUGCCAGCUCCGCGACCCCUGAUUCGACUUCGAGUUCGCCUCGCCCCGGUCCUGCGCCGCCGCCGCCUCCAGGACAGCGCGCUACGAGGCAUGGGGUUCUGGCGGCCUCCGCGCUUGGGGGCGCCUGCGGAGUCUGGGGGGGGCGCGUGCGCACCUCAGACGCUAUGCGCAUAGGGGUGUCCGUAUGGUUGUCGCGCUCUGCCGCGGCGACUCUGGCAAGGGCUGGCCAGCGAGCUGCCGCCGCGCUCGGGAUCCGGCAGCUGCGCGGGCAACGGCUCCAGGAGGAUGACGUGGAGUGGCGCGAGAACUUCCAGAGGGCACUAGCGGCUGCACUCCGCCCUGGGCUCGGCCAUGUCCGGGCUUUUGCGCGGGGGCGGCUGGGGCGCUGGACGAGUGAGGUCCUCCCGGUGAGGAGGGCUGCCACGUUCAUCGACUUCAUCGGCCACGUCUCCGGCUUGGCGCCGCCGCGGGUUGCCGCCGCUUGCCGGCGCACCGUCUUCAACGGUUGGUGCGCGGGCAGGCGUUUCCAGCAGCGGGGCUGCUGCGUCCUUGGCUGCCCGCUGGCCGCGGAUUCGCUGGAACGUCUUCCUCGGGCGGCACCUCGGGCUGCGCGGGCGCGACGGGGCCGCGGGCUUCGACGCCUUCUUCGGCUGGGGGCGCGGCCUGGCCUUGGAGUCCGGUGAGGGCGCUGACGCCGCGGGGCUUGCCGCGCUAGGGAUGAGUUGUGCCGGGAGCACGGCGCGGUCCGCAGUGGGGCCCUUCAGCGGCGGGAUGCUGUCGAGGGCCUGCCCGCCUCGCUGCGGGAGGGAGCUCGCGGGCAUCCCACGGCUCAGGCGUUUUUGCGUGCUGCCCGCGUCCGUAGGCGUUCUUGGUAGGAGUCUCUUCCCCUUCCCACUCCCUCCCUCUUUCCCAUGGGCCUGGUCAGCCCUUUGGUCGCACGAUUCGCUUUGCAUCGCACUCGCGAGCUUUAUUGUUUUCCUGCUCCCUCCUCGUCCUCCUCGUCGUCGGCCUUCUCCUCUUCCUCCUUUCCUGCUCUCGCUCACGCGUGCAACCGCCCGAAUUUCCGCCCCGAGUUGCGGCCGCCCUCGCCGGACAAAGGUCCUGCUGGCGGCCGUGAUUCGUUUCUCUAGGCAGUUGUCGGCAAGCACGCGCUUCGCUAUGAUACGAAGUCGGGCCAUCUUUGUAUCAUGUUGGUCUCCCGCUCCCCGUCGUCCCCUCUCCUCGCUUCCUCCCCCUCUUCCCCUGCUGCCAUUUUUGAACCUGACUGGGGUGGCUCUGGCACGCAGCCUAAUACCUGCCAUGCCGUUUUUCGCCACGGAGUGCACGGGAGUACGUGUGGUGCGUCGCGGUCCUCUCCC